AUUGAUGAAGGAGGGUAUGGCUCUUAUUACAAGCAAACUUUCAAUUACCCGGGUUAUUGAAUACCGGGACGAGGAAUCCUCCAGGGCUUUCAAUCUUGGAAGUGCAUCGAAGAGAGGGAGUGCUCCAUUUAUCAGCACGAUAAGACGAAAUCGACCCUCUUUUCUCUUUCUCCUUCCGAACCCUCGACAACCACCGACAACCUAUACCCAGUUCGCAGGAAGUGCCAUCACCACCCUUCCAGCACUCAAAAUGGCCCGUCGUCCCGCGAGAUGCUACCGCUACUGCAAGAACAAGCCUUACCCCAAGUCCCGGUUCAACCGUGGUGUUCCCGACCCUAAGAUUCGUAUCUUCGAUCUUGGUCGUAAGAAGGCCAACGUGGAUGACUUCCCCAUGUGCAUCCACUUGGUUUCCAACGAGUACGAGCAGCUGUCCUCCGAGGCUCUCGAGGCCGCCCGUAUUUGCGCCAACAAGUACCUUGUCAAGAUCGCCGGUAAGGAAGGUUUCCACCUGCGCGUCCGUGUGCACCCCUUCCACGUCGUCCGUAUCAACAAGAUGUUGUCUUGCGCUGGUGCCGAUCGUCUGCAGACCGGUAUGCGUGGUGCCUUCGGUAAGCCCCAGGGUCUCGUCGCCCGUGUGAACAUUGGCCAGAUCAUUCUGUCCGUCCGCACCCGUGACGCCCACCGUGCUACCGCUCUCGAGGCCCUCCGCCGCUCUCAGUACAAGUUCCCCGGUCGCCAAAAGAUCAUUGUCUCCAAGAACUGGGGCUUCACCCCCGUCCGCCGCGAGGAGUACGUCCAGCUCCGCCAGGAGGGCAAGCUCCUCCAGGACGGUGCUUACGUUCAGUUCCUCCGUGGCCACGGUUCCGUUGAGAAGAACAUGAAGCGCUUCCCUGUUGCCUACGAGAACGUCGCAUAAAUGUUGAUGGGUUGAUCAGAAUAUGAAGUUCAGAACGAAAAAUACUUGAAUGUUCUAUUGUCUUUACCUUGUCCCAUUCAUCUUGAUAUUUCGUGCAAUCGCAAUGAUGGAGUUCUUCCAGGGGUCUUUUCAUUUGCUCGCUUAUAUUGCACUUGUAGAUUGUU